AUGUCUUCACAAGACCAAAAAACCAAACCAGAAAUUCAUGUUCUAUUGGUAGCAUUUUCAGCCCAAGGUCACAUAAACCCUUUACUUCGACUAGGAAAAUCACUAUUAACCAAAGGCCUUAAAGUCACACUCGCUACGACGGAGUUAGUUUACCACCGCAUGUUCAAAUCGACAACCACUCCAACCACCACUGCUGUCCCCACCUCUUACACCACCAAUGGAAUUGAGGUUCUCUUUUUCUCCGACGGCUUAGAUAUCAAGAACAAUUUCCUCAAUAUAUCCGUACCCAUCGAUGAAUACAUGAAUCUUAUAGCAAAAAUCGGUCCCAUUAGCCUCACAAAUCUCAUCAAGAACAAUUUCCUCAAUAAUAGCUCUAAAAAACUAGCUUGCAUUAUUAACAACCCUUUUGUUCCUUGGGUAACAAACGUUGCUUAUGAACUCAAUAUCCCAUGUGCUUGUCUUUGGAUUCAACCUUGUACUCUUUACUCCAUAUACGCUCGUUUCUACAAUAACUUGAACCAUUUUCCAACCCUUGAAAACCCUGAAAUCGACGUCGAAAUACCCGGUCUCCCGUUGCUGAAACCACAAGACCUUCCAUCUUUUGUUCUUCCAACAAACGAUGUAAAAACCUUAUCCGAUGUUUUGGGAGAAAUGUUCAAAAACAUGAAGAAACUGAAAUGGGUUUUAGCAAAUUCUUUCUAUGAAUUAGAAAAGGAUGUGAUUGAUUCAAUGACUGAGAUUUUUCCAAUAAAAACGGUAGGUCCAUUAGUUCCUCCUUUGUUACUAGGUCAAGAUCAAAACAAAGAUGUUGGAAUCGAAAUGUGGAAGCCUCAAGAUUCUUGCAUGGAAUGGCUUAACCAAAAGCCACCAUCUUCCGUUAUAUAUAUCUCGUUCGGAAGUCUCAUUUUUCUGAAGGAAAAACAAAUGCUCAGCAUAGCAAAAGCAUUGAAGAACAGUAACAGGUACUUUCUAUGGGUGAUGAAGCAUAAAGAAGGAGACGAAGUUCAUCUUCCUGAAAAAUUCAUAGAAGAAACAAGAGGGAAAGGAAAGAUAGUAACGUGGUGUCCACAAACUAGGGUUUUGGUUCAUCCUGCAAUAGCAUGUUUCUUAACACAUUGUGGAUGGAAUUCAACGUUGGAAGCCAUAACUGCUGGAGUGCCUAUGAUUGCUUAUCCACAAUGGACUGACCAACCGACGAAUGCGAAACUAGUGUCGGAUGUUUUCCGGACCGGUAUUCGGUUGAAUCCGGACAGGGAUGGGUUUGUGGGGAGUGAGGAAGUUGAAAGGGCUAUUGAGGAGAUUGUUGGAGGAGAAAAGCUUGAAGAGUUUAGUAAAAAUCUUUUGAAGUUGAAAUUUGCUGCGAGGGAAGCGUUUGCUGCCGGUGGUUCUUCGGACAGGAAUAUUCAAACGUUUGUUGAUGAGAUUCUUGUCGGUGCAGAGAACAAUAAUUGA